AUGAAGAGGGAGAUGCCUGUACAAAGUAUUUUUUUCAGCACUAUCAAACACAAGAGAAGGAGAGUUGCUUUACAUAUAAUUAAAAACUCUGAUGGGAACUGGAUCGAAGGUAAUGAGGCCAUUGGAGAUGCAACAGUCCAAUACUUUGAAGGUACGUUCACUGAGACUGCACAAAUUCCUGAUUAUGGGGUUCUACAUCACAUUGAGAAGAUUAUCAAUGAAGAAGAUAAUCAGAAUCUUAACAGAUUCCCAGAAGAAGAAGAAAUAAAAAAUGCAAUCAUGGAUCUCAGUCCUAACUGUGCUGCAGGGCCAGAUGGCUUUAAUGGUUUCUUUUUCCAGAAAUGCUGGGACAUCAUUAAGGAUGAGCUGAUCAACUUUGUGCAGAGUUUCUACUGUGGUAAAAGGUUAAUAAAGUAUUUUACUCAUGCUUGUUUAAUUUUUAUUCCUAAAGUAGAUGAACCUGCUAGUUUUUCUCAAUUAAGGCCUAUUAGCUUAACUAAUUUCUCUAAUAAAAUUAUCUCCAAAAUUAUGGCUACUAGACACAAUGUUUUGUUACCCAAAUUAGUGUCAGAAAAUCAGACUGGGUUUAUCAGUGGAAGACUCAUCACUGAGAAUAUUCUACUUACCCAGGAGAUUGUGCAUGACAUAAAUAAAGGUAAUAAUUCUAAUUUGGUUUUCAAAUUGGACAUGGAAAAAGCAUAUGAUAGAGUUUCUUGGCUCUGCAUCAUUUUUAUUCUUAGAAACUUUGGCUUCUCUGAAUUCUUUAUCGACUUAGUUUGGAGACUUCUAUCAGAUUUGCUCAAUAAGAUUCAUGAUAAGAACAGAUACAUUGGCUAUAGUAUGAAUGCUAUGGGACCAAGAAUAAACCACUUGGCAUAUGCUAAUGGUGUCUCUGGACAAAAGAUAAACAAGGAAAAGAUCAUGUACCUAACUACCUCUCAUGCCUCUAUUGGUACUCAUAGGAGAAUUAGGAGAAUGACAGGUUUUAAAUCAGGUACAUUUCCUUUCACUUAUCUUGGGUGCCCCAUUUACACUGGUAGGAAGAAAAUUUCGUACUUCACAGAUAUUACUUCUAAUUUUUUUAAAAGAAUUGGUAGCUGGCAAGGCAACCUCUUGUCUCAUGGGGGCAAAGCAGUGAUCAUCCAACAGUGGAGAUUUAGAACUCAAAAGAGUUUAUGGGCUGAUUUUCUGAGAUCCAAGUACUGCAUUAGAGUCAAUUUUAUUGUUAGAAGUUGGAGCUCUAGUCAAUCUCAAAGUUGGAAAGAGCUUAUUAAUUGUAGAAGAAUUUUUGAACCUUACAUGUUGUGGAAAAUCAACUUUGGGUCCUCUCUCUUCUGGUGGGAUAACUGGAUUGGUCUAGGGCCCCUUGACUUAAGGCUUGAACCUGGACCAAGACCAGGAAACACUUUAGUCGAGGAGUUUAUUUUUUAUGGUAACUGGAUUUCCAGUAAAUUGGAGAAUACUGUUCGCCCUAAUCUGCAACACACUAUAGAAAGUAUCAAGAUUGCUGACCAAAACUCUCUUGAUUCCUACAUUUGGACCCACAAUAGUGAUGUAAAUUUCACUUGUUCUUCUGCCAGAGAGAUUACUAGACAAAGGAAGAACAAAAAUGAUUCUUACAGUAAUCUCUGGCAUAAAGGAAUGCCUUUCAAAGUGGCUUUUUUGAAUUGGAGAAUUCUCAAAAGAAAACUCCCAUUUGAUGACAUUCUCCCCAAGUUUAGCCAACAGGUUGUGUCUAGAUGCAACUGUUGUAACUAG